GCAAUUCGUUUUAGUCUUCCCGAUGCCCGUUUCACACGGCACCCGAUGAUUGUCUACUCUCGCGGGGAGCUUCAAUAGCCUCGACUGCCGGUACUACGAACAUUCCCCCUUUUAUCUUCCGAGGCGAUUACACGCCGGACGCCCUGGCGACCGUCGUGACAUACACCAUGCCGCCUAUCCUACCGCCGGCCAACGACGACCCCGAGCCGAAGACCCCGGCGGACAUGGUGGACAGUGACCAGGACGCAGAAGGCGAAGAAGAGACAGACUUGUAUCAGAUGGACCAGCAGCUUCAGGAUGCCGUGCACCGCGCCUUCACGGGAGAGGUUGCGGAAGAGGCUGCGACGGGCGACCCCGGGGAUGACCAGGAUGCAGAAGGGGAGCCCGAUACUGAGAUGAAUUUGGACGGCGAUCAGAAUGAUGCCGAGCCGGUGGGUGCGGUCAAGUUGCCUCAGAAGGGUCCGGCUGUCGACGAUGAGGAAGCAGCUUCCGGGACCGUGGAUGCGGAUGCGGAUGCAGACCCGGCCUUCGACAACCAGAGUGACAGCGAUCAGGAGGCCUCCCGUUCUUCGUCAAGCAGCCAGGAAUCGGAUGACGAGGAAUGGGAGGGCGAAAGCAAUGACCACGAGGAUGCGGAGGCGGAGACCUUGAUCCGCGGGAACUGCAUUUUCUGUGGCCAAGACGAGGACAAUGACCCGAGUGAAGAGUAUGAGGAAUAUUUGGCGUGUGCCGUCUGUGGCGAUCACUCUCAUCGGCAAUGUGCCCGCGAGCAGAAUGCCCUAGAAGAUGUAGAAGAUGGCAAUCCGUGGAGAUGUCCCACCUGCGUCCGGGAGAAACUGAAGCCCAGUGCGGAAGAAGGCGCCCCGACGCAACGGAAAAAUCGAGAGAAGAACAUGCGCAAGGAGCUUUUGCCGGCCCACACGGGAGAAGAUGGGUCUGACUUCCAUUCCAUCUUCAAUACAGUCACUGUCAACGACGAAUUAUUGAAUAGCUCGCGGUCGCUGCGAAAGAGGAAGACCCUGUCUCUCUCCGCCGAGAUAGAGGAGCAUACACCGGCACUUCGCAAGCGACAACGUCACACUCCCCUGCGCUUCGAUCGCGCGGACUCUCGCGACCAAAUGGCGGAAAACCCCGAUACUCUGUCUCCAGUGCGGACUCGUUCGCGACGCACGCGCAGGACCGAGCAAGAAAACUGCCGCGUGGUGUUGAGACAAUUCGAACGGCUCGUGGUGGCUUUCCGUCUGAACGAGUCCAAGCUGUCGAAAAUCCUCAACGCUCACAGCAGGUCCCAAAUUAGGAGCCGAAGGACCCCCAAGCCACCCCCGAUUACCCACGAGCCGCAGGCUCAUUUUGCACCGAUCACCCCUGCACCUCAUUACACCCCAUUUUAUUCUUUUAGCGACCGUGAGACAGACGAACUGAAGGGCAAACCGUACGGAGGGAUCUUGUCCGAAGCUGAUGCAGAUACCUCCAAGACAUUACCGACGCAUCUCGACCGCGAACGGUUCGAGAAAGCCCGUCAAAAAGCCGAAGAAGAAUGGCAACGACGCGCCCUGGCAGCCGAGAGUACUGGGGAAACCGUACAGCAUGCAUCCCAGAAGGUGUCUGGGCCCCCGUCGAGAAUCAAGUACAUCAAUUUUGGUGGCUAUGAAAUCGAGACCUGGUACGCCGCGCCAUAUCCCGAGGAGUACAGCCGCAACCGGAUCCUCUACAUUUGCGAAUUUUGUCUAAAAUACAUGAACUCGGACUAUGUCGCGUGGCGCCACAAGCUCAAAUGCCCGGCGAAGCACCCUCCAGGAGACGAGAUUUACCGAGAAGGGUCCAUCUCGAUCUUCGAAGUGGACGGCCGGAAGAACCCAGUGUAUUGCCAGAACCUCUGCUUACUCGCCAAGUUGUUCCUGGGCUCGAAGACACUCUACUACGAUGUCGAGCCGUUUCUGUUCUACGUCAUGACGGAGUUUGACGAUCUGGGCUGCCAUUUUGUGGGCUAUUUCAGCAAAGAAAAGCGGCCGAGUUCCGCUAACAACGUUUCCUGCAUCCUCACCCUCCCUAUCCACCAACGCAAAGGCUACGGAAACCUGCUCAUUGACUUUUCGUAUCUGCUUACGCGCAUCGAAGGCAAAACGGGCUCGCCCGAGAAGCCUCUCUCCGACAUGGGCCUGGUUUCUUAUCGAAACUACUGGCGGCUCAUUCUAUCCUAUCAACUCCGUGACCAGAAGGCGCCGCUGAGUAUCACCGAUCUUUCGGAGCGGACGGGCAUGACCGCCGACGACAUCGUAUCCGGCCUGGAGGCAUUACGUGCGCUGGUGCGAGACCCAGUCACUAAGACCUACGCCUUACGCCUGGACUAUCGAUAUUUUGAAGAGUGCAUCGCUAGCUGGGAAAGCAAAGGAUACGUCCAGCUCAACCCGGACGCGCUGGUCUGGACGCCUUAUAUCAUGGGGCGCAGUAACCAGUCCCAAUUCGAUCGGGCCCCAUUACAUGCGGUGGCACCCCGAGAGGGCCUGGAUGACGAAGAGAGUGAGGACGUGAAGGAGUCGGGCAACGAGGAAGAACGGCAGACCUCCGCGGAUGUUGAUGGGUCUAAGGAGGAUGGCCCUGUCUCGAUCGCGAAUGGGACUGGCGAGCCCGACUCGGAGCCGCUUCCGAGGGAGCCUGCAGGGCCUCCUGCUACCGAUUCCCUCGCCAAUGUCAACGGCUUCCGCCACUUGACGACAACGUCCGCAGGCUCUAGCACGCCGGCCGGGUCGAAUCCUGCUGGGGACAUCCCGGCCUGGCGAUUCGAAAUCUAUCCUCCCGUCCAAGCGCCGGCCAGCAAACGGCGUCCCGGCCGGCCGUUUGGCAGCAAGACGGCCAAGAUGCCUGGCACUCCGAUCCCUGUGCGGACCAGUGGUCGCAACACCCCUAGACGAACGUCCGUGUUGGCGUCGGUGACCCCCUCUGCUAAUCCGCCCAGUGUUCGACGCGGUCGCAGCGCGAAACUCAUCGAUUCCCCAGCGGUGGAAUCGACCAGUGUAGAGCCGGAUGGCAUCGAGAAUGAACCGUAUGAGGACAUGGAGAACACGCCCGCCGAUGGAGAAGAUCCCACCUCCCGGAUCCAUGUCUCGACCGAGACCGCAACGACCAACCACGCGGUCGGUAAGGACGAGCUGCUCCCCACGUCCAACGGCACGACGGAUCCGGAAAUUAACCAGGAGAACCAACCCACCGAGCAUCCGGCAGUCGAGCCCGUAACCCCUUCCAAAGGCAAGGCAGUCGAGGGGAAGGCCAGGCUCUCCAAGUCGGUCAGCCGCAAGUCCUACGUGGAGAAGCUGGAACUCAUGGUCGCGGCCGAGGACACCGCUCUGUCGACCCAUGAGAACGGCGUUAGCGACACGGCUCCGGUCAACGGCACGGAUGCAGACGGCGACACGGUGAUGGGGACCUGAUGAGGGUCAGACAUGCCGGAGGUCACCAGGCUUCGAAUGCAUGCUCCAAAGAUUUUCACGAGGCAUUUCCCGAGGGCGUUCUUGCUUGCUACUAUUGUUGGGAGCGGGGUGUUUUGUUUCUGGCUUUGACUUACGGGAUACACUUCAUCAUGACUUGACCUACUUGGCUUAUUUGCUCGUUUUUUGCACAUUGUAUCAAGCAAGGAGUGGGGCGGGUCAUCGGAGUUUUGG